AUGGAGUCGUCGUCGUCGGGCGGCGGGCUGGCGCGGCGGCGGAGUAGCGGCGGCGGCGGCAGCAGCGGCCGGGGCAGCUGCGACGCUGACCCGUUCGACAUCCCCGCGAAGGGCGCACCCCUCGAGCGGCUCAGGAAGUGGAGGCAAGCAGCCCUUGUGCUGAAUGCGUCAAGGCGCUUUAGGUACACUCUCGAUUUGAAAAAGGAGGAACAAAAGGAGGAAAUCAGGAGAAAAAUCCGUGCACAGGCACAUGUUAUAAGGGCCGCUUUUCGUUUCAAAGAGGCUGGCCGAAUCCAUGUUCAGUCUGAAGAAACAAAAGUACCAAGUGCUGAUGGUGCACUUGGCUUUGGAAUCAAAGAAGACCAGCUUACAGCACUGACAAGGGAUCACAACUACUCUGGUCUGCAGCAAUACGAAGGGGUUUCUGGUGUAGCACAUAUGCUAAAAACCGAUACAGAGAAGGGGAUUAGUGGAGAUGACUCCGAUUUGAUGGCAAGGAAAAAUGCAUUUGGAUCAAACACAUAUCCUCGUAAGAAAGGAAGAAGCUUUUGGGCUUUCGUGUGGGAUGCUUGUAAAGAUUUGACGCUAAUCAUCCUCAUGGUUGCUGCUGCUGUUUCACUGGCCUUGGGCAUAACAACAGAGGGCAUAAAAGAAGGAUGGUAUGAUGGAGCGAGCAUUGCCUUUGCUGUUCUUCUAGUUGUAUUUGUUACAGCUAUCAGCGACUACAAGCAAUCACUGCAAUUCCAAAAUCUGAAUGAAGAAAAACAGAACAUUCGUUUGGAGGUUGUUAGAGGUGGAAGGCGAAUCAUGGUAUCAAUAUAUGAUUUGGUUGUUGGAGAUGUUGUCCCACUCAAAAUUGGUGACCAGGCACACAAAGAUCAGAAGUCACCAUUUCUAAUGUCAGGUUGCAAAGUUGCCGAUGGCUAUGGCACAAUGCUGGUAACUGCUGUUGGAAUCAACACUGAAUGGGGAUUGCUGAUGGCAAGCAUAUCUGAAGAUUCGGGUGAAGAGACACCACUUCAGGUUCGUUUGAAUGGUGUCGCUACUUUCAUUGGAAUGGUUGGACUGUCUGUUGCCCUUGCAGUUCUGGUUGUACUUUUGGCCAGGUACUUCACUGGGCAUACUUAUAAUCCUGAUGGAUCUGUGCAAUAUGUGAAAGGGAAGAUGGGUGGUGUAGGCCAGACGAUACGUGGAGUAGUUAGAAUAUCCACAGUGGCUGUCACCAUUGUGGUCGUGGCAGUUCCAGAAGGACUACCAUUAGCUGUCACACUGACGCUUGCUUUCUCAAUGCGCAAAAUGAUGAAGGACAAGGCUCUGGUGAGGAGGCUUUCUGCGUGUGAAACGAUGGGGUCUGCCUCAACAAUCUGCAGUGACAAGACUGGCACCUUGACUUUAAAUCAGAUGACUGUUGUUGAGGCAUAUUUUGGUGGAAAGAAGAUGGACUCACCUGAUAAUGCUCAGAUGUUAUCUGCUGAUCUCACAUCGCUGAUUGUUGAAGGAAUUGCACAGAACACUUCUGGAAGCAUAUUUGAGCCAGAGGGUGGUCAAGAACCGGAGGUGACUGGAUCACCUACAGAAAAGGCUAUACUGUCUUGGGGGCUAAAGCUGGGUAUGAAAUUCAAUGAAACAAGAUCGAAGUCAUCUAUUCUUCAUGUAUUUCCUUUCAACUCAGAGAAAAAGCAAGGCGGGGUUGCGGUGCACCUGGGUGGCUCUGAGGUCCAUAUACACUGGAAAGGAGCAGCUGAAAUUAUUUUGGAUUCAUGCACAUGCUGGGUUGACACUGAUGGUUCAAAGCAUUCAAUGACUCCAGAAAAAGUUGCUGAAUUCAAGAAAUUCAUUGAAGAUAUGGCUGCUGCUAGCCUCCGCUGUGUUGCGUUUGCCUAUAGAACUCAUGAGAUGGAUGAUGUUCCAGACGAAGAUCACAGGGAAGAGUGGAAACUGCCUGAAGAUAACCUGAUUAUGCUUGGAAUUGUGGGAAUAAAGGAUCCCAGCCGUCCAGGAGUUCGAGAUUCUGUUCGUUUAUGUCAAGCAGCUGGCAUUAAGGUGCGCAUGGUUACUGGUGAUAAUCUCCAAACUGCAAGAGCCAUUGCCCUGGAGUGCGGGAUAGUUGAUGAUCCCAAUGUGUCAGAGCCUGCCAUCAUUGAAGGAAAAACAUUCCGGGCGCUGUCAGACUUAGAAAGGGAGGAAGCUGCUGAAAAAAUCUCUGUGAUGGGGAGGUCUUCACCAAAUGAUAAACUUUUACUUGUUAAGGCACUGAGGGCAAGAGGUCACGUUGUUGCUGUUACUGGAGAUGGCACAAAUGAUGCCCCAGCAUUGCACGAGGCAGAUAUUGGUCUAUCAAUGGGCAUUCAGGGAACUGAAGUUGCCAAGGAGAGUUCUGAUAUUAUUAUCUUGGAUGACAAUUUUGCAUCAGUCGUGAGGGUUGUCAGAUGGGGUCGUUCAGUGUAUGCAAACAUACAGAAAUUUAUACAGUUCCAACUAACGGUCAACUUCGCAGCUCUGAUAAUCAAUGUAGUUGCGGCCGUCAGUUCUGGAAACGUGCCGUUGAAUGCUGUUCAGUUGCUGUGGGUUAACCUAAUUAUGGACACUUUGGGUGCCCUUGCAUUGGCGACAGAACCACCUACGAACCAUCUAAUGGAGAGACCCCCAGUAGGGAGAAGGUUUGUUCUUGUGCAUGUGCUAUAUUUGCUCAUCUACCAUCUCAUGGAGAGACCCCAGUAG